AUGGAGCGUCUAUUGAAACCUGAAAAGUUAGACUGUGACUCUAACUCGCCCACAGCAGCACAGGAGUGGCGGCAUUGGCUACAGACCUUCAAGACUUUCAUCGCCGUUCUACCGCAAGAGAAUCUGAACAAGCUCGGACUUCUCAUCAAUUUUGUGUCUCCAAAGAUUUAUGAAAGUAUUUCCGAGUGCACUACCUACGACGACGCCUUAACUACACUGCAGUCAGUUUCCAAGCCAACUAAUGAAGUGUUUCGCGCCACCGCCUUGCGACUCGUCGUCAGGCACCAGGCGGUAACAGCAACUCAGCACUGUGAAGAAUACAUGAGGGAUGCGUUUAUUAGCGGCUUGCAAUCACCAGCAAUCAGACAGCGCCUUUUGGAAAAUAAGACGCUUGAAUCCGAAUCCGUUCUCGCGGCAAGUGCUACGAAAGCAAAGUGUUUCUUUUGUGGUCUUCUACGGCAUCCACGUUCAAAGUGCCGUGCUCGUGAUGCGGUGUGUCAUAAGUGCCAGAAGAAGGGUCAUUUCUCGAAAGUGUGCCGUAGCUCCAGUGUAAGUGGUUCUGUGACUCCUAACAAUGGCGCUCUGCUUGCUACCAUAACUAGUGCUGCUACUCCAAGCAUCUUGUCAAAGGCAGUUGCGAGAGUUUCGAUCAACGGAAUCGAAGCUGAUGGCCUCAUUGACAGUGGUAGUUCAGAGAGUUUCAUUCAUCCAGAUCUAGUUAAACACCACUCAUUAAAUGUACAACACUCUAAAAGUGCCGUGACCAUGGCUUCCACUUCUCUUUCUGCUCACACGUCUGGAGUUUGCGAGGUUAACAUUAAAGUGAACGGCUGGGAUUAUGAAAGUGUACGCCUCACUGUGCUCCCGAAGUUAUGUUCUGACCUGAUUGCCAUCCUGUUGCAGCGCUACUCCACUGAAGACCGCGCAUUUAUAGAAAAAGAAGUACAAAGGCUAUUGAAGGAAGGAAUCAUCGAACCAAGCAACUCACCAUGGCGUGCUCGUGGUCGUCGUGAAAGAUACACCCUUCCUCGCAUUGAUGAAACAGUGAAUAAGAUAGCACAGUAUAGAGUUUUUAGCACCAUUGAUCUGCGCAGUGCUUAUCAUCAAGUGGCCAUCAAAGAUACAGACAAAUUGUAUACGGCUCUUGAAGCAGGAGGUAAACUUUACCAGUUUGCAAGAAUCCCAUUCGGUGUCACUAAUGGAGUUGCUUGUUUCCAAAGAAUUAUGGAUUCGUUGAUCAAGGAGGAAGGACUUGUUGGUACCUACGCCUAUUUAGAUGAUGCCACCAUCUGUGGAAUGACGCAGCAAGAACAUGAUGACAAUCUCAACAAAUUCCUUGAAGCUGCUGCGAGGAGAAACAUGACCUAUAAUGAAGAUAAGUGCACAAUUUCAACCUGA